UCAGCAAAACACCGUCACACUCUACUCUCUAUAUCCGGGUCAGAGGUCAGUAAUGGCGGCCACCAUGGAGACAGCAGCCGGCAUGAGCAAUAUGCUGCAAUUUAUGAAAUUUAUCGGACAGCUCAAAAGGGUCCCACGCACUGGAUGGGUGUACAGGAACGUAGAGAAACCAGAGAGUGUAUCGGACCACAUGUACCGCAUGGCCAUGAUGGCUCUGACCAUCACAGACCCCACAGUGGACAAGGACAGAUGCAUAAAGCUGGCCCUGGUUCACGACAUGGCAGAGUGCAUUGUGGGAGACAUCGCUCCAUCGGACAACGUCAGUAAAGCUGAGAAACACAGGCGGGAAGAGGAAGCGAUGAGACAUUUAUCAGCUCUUCUGCCGGAGGGACUCAAAGAGGAGAUUUACGGGCUGUGGGAGGAAUACGAGAGUCAGAGCAGUCCGGAGGCCCGCUUGGUGAAACAGUUUGACCUCCUGGAGAUGAUCCUGCAGGCCCACGAGUACGAGGAGCUGGAGGGAACACCGGGAAGACUGCAGGAGUUCUUUGACUCCACCAACGGCCGUUUCCAGCACCCGGACGUGCUGCGGCUCCUGAGCUCUCUGAACGAAGAGCGAGGACGUCCCGCGACUCCAAGGGAUGAAACUGAGAAAUCCGGAAGGCCUUAAAAUGCCACAAGAUGAGGAGACGUGGAAGGCCGCGCACGGAUAUCCUCCACGCGCACGUGGCUUCUUUAGUUUUAUGCACACAGUCCUGGAAAAGACUGCACCGGAUAAUAUGCAAACACACGAAUCUGUCAAAAAUGUUAUGACGUCAUCGUAACACUGUAUUAAAACUUGAGAUGCAGAUAGAAAUUCCAAUUUGUCUUUACAUCAAUUGGUUUUUAUUUUACAUUUCAACUUAAUUGACAAAUACAUGUUAUAUAUGUGUAGGAUCUGCCAGAUGUUACAUUGUACAGUUAUCCAUUGACAAAUAUAAAGGUAGCAAAGCAUCAUUUCUGAUGUUGAAAAUUGAGCGAAUACGUGAUUGACAGCAGUCAGGAAACCCGUGGUCAGAUGAAGUCAUUUUCUGUUGUAGAAAACUUCACUUAAGCAUUUUAUUACAUUCGUUUUUUCUUUGACAUGU